GAGUGAUUUGAGGCAACUUAACGCUUAGUCUUAUCAACAAGUCAGGGCUGACUAAGGUACACGGCGGUCCCCCAACUAAACUAGCCCUUCGCUUCAGCCCUGCCCAACAGUAGGGCUGAGCAUAAUUCUACCAACUACAUCGUACGGAGUACUAGUAUAAAUCCGGUUCGAUAAUGUGUCAGCUUUUCAAAGCAUGUCAAUCUGCCGUCCCUGAAAGAUCCGGAAUCUCGCGUCCACCAAGACGUGUUAAUAACCCCUUAGUAAGCGUUGUUGGACACUGAAGUCUCACACCAUUGUCAGCAUUCGGUAAGAACGAGGUAUCUAUUUGGUCUCGCUCCUAUCUCAAUGGUUCGUGAUCGCGCUUGCAUAACGUACCGUUCUCGAUCCAUCUUCACCUUCAGUAGAACGAUCUCUGCCAUAGCCCUUCUAUCCAGUUCACACUCCACUCUCAUUGCCUACAAUGCCGGCUGACCACUUCUCCCUGACUGUUCCCGAGUCCGCAUUCGAGGGUCUCAUAACUUUCCUCACCACCUCCCUCGCCCACUUUGGCUUCAAAGAGAUGACACACCCGACCCCUGGCGUCGUGGGUCUCGGCGAGGUGAUACCCUACUUUUGGAUCAAAAGUUAUCUCCCUGAGGGUCUGAGUGAGAAAGCCUUCCUAAAUCUGUUGAAGACGAAUCAUGUCGCGUUUACGGCUGAGAAUAGCGAGCAGGUCAACCAAUUCCAUGCUGCUGCGCUAAAAGCGGGCGGGACGUGCAAUGGACCGCCAGGCUUGAGGCAGGAGUAUCAUGCCGGGUAUUAUGGGGCGUAUGGGGCGUUUGUGAGGGAUCCAGCUUGUGGGGUAAACUUCGAGGUGGUAUGUCAUCUUGGAGAGUGAUGGGCCCCAUGGACGACAGGGGAUGAUCAUGAGGGUAAGCAGCGCAUCUCCAUUC